UGAUAAAAAGAAACUUCUCCAUGAACAACUUUUGAAUAUGUUCAAAACGUAUUUUGUGGGUGCUUCAAUGAAUCUUGUGGUGCAUGGAUCAGAUCCCAUCGAUAAGCUUGCAACGUGGGUGACAUCUCACUUCGCUAAUAUUAAGCCCAAGGAAGCAACACAACCUCUGUUACGUAAAUUUGAUCCUAAAAUUCCUUUAUGGAAUCCUUCUGAUUCAUCCAAGUAUCUAUAUAUCCUUAAAGCUGUUGGGGAGGAAAACCGUCUUCAAAUUAGUUGGAAGAUACCUCCUAAGAUUCCUUCAGAUUCAUUUUCAAUCUUUCCUCCAGAUUCCGAGAGGCCAGAAAUAUAUCUCCAGAAACUAUUAGGCCAUAGAUCUAAAGGAUCUCUCUACACUCUUUUCAAAGAAAAGGGUUGGAUACUGAUCUAGAGGUCUCUGUUGGGGCUCUCAAAUUCGAUGCUGAUAAUGAUGAAGAAAGCACAAUUGAUUGUACUUCCAUUGGUAGAUUGUUUAUAAUCUCUCUUCAUCUCAGAAACAACAUCCAAAUUAGUGAGAUAUAUCGGAUGGUUACUUAUGUCUAUGAGUUUCUAAGCUUUGUCGAACAUGAAGAUGCUCCAUCAUGGGUAAUGGAAGAAUAUUUCCUUAUGAAGGAAAUCAUGUUUGCAUCAUUUGAUUGUUAUGAUGCAUAUGGUUCAGACCCGCCAGCUUUAACUCAAAGAAUUGCAGCCAACAUGAGUUAUUAUUAUCCAUUGAAGAAAUCUCUUUCUGGAGAUUAUACUCAUCUCUCUUGCAGCAGACAAUCAGUUUUAGGCCUUCUGUGUUUUUUUACGAACUCAAAUAUGAGGCUUGAUUUUGUUGAUAAAUCACUUGUUGAAGCAGAAUGCUUAGUGGAAUCGUGGUUCAACUCCUUCUACAAAAAAACGGAAAUUCCAUCUACCAUUACAGGUAAAUGGCGGCUUCGUGUUCAUGAAAAGCAGCGUUUUCAGUUUCCCCCCAAGAACAACUUUCUUCCGUCUCGCUCUCCAAAUGAGGAUGAUCUUAUGAAUGAGGAUGAUAGUGAGGAGGAUGACGAGGAUGAUAAUGAGCCGGAUGAUCUUAUGAAUGAGGAUUCGGAUUCACUUGCCAAUGAGGAGGAUGAUAAUGAGCCUUUAGUUCACAAGUCGCAUAUUAAAUUAUGGCAUUUACCUGACAACGAUGAAGUGCCAUGUGUUAGUUUCAUUGUUUAUCCUGCUUUGUCCUCUGAGUUGAAGAAUCAACUAAUGGUUCACUUGUAUGUGAAUCAUCUAAAAGAUUCUUUAUCAGAAAUCUUAUACCAAGGAGGAGAAGCCAAUUUUGAAACAUCAAUAUUGAUUUUCUCAAAAAUCAAUAUUGAAUUCAAAGUGAGUGGCUUUAAAGAAAAUCUCUUCAAGUACAUCUCUGAGAUUUGGAAUCAAUUCAAAUCAUUUACCCAUCCAUACGAAACCACUUUUGCGAUGGUAAAAGAGCUAGUGGAGAAUCUUCAGAAGAAGAGCGUUCUGGAAGUUUCUGGUUAUUCUAAUAACUUGAUGUUACAACAAUUAACACAAUCAUCUUAUGCCAUUGAUGAGAUGUUGAGCACUCUGUCUUCAAUCUCUUAUGAUGAAUUUGUUCAAUUCAUCCCUCAUAUGUCUUCCAAGAUGUUCAUUGAGGGUCUAUUCAAAGGAGAUAUAUCCAAAUUAUUUAAGAUGAAUCUUUACACAUGUCCAAAUUAUUUGAAGAGAGUGUAGAAAUUCCUUGUGAUCAGGAAUAUGUACAUAUUCCUCGUGGCACUAAUGAAUUUCAGAGUUCAAGUUAAUUCUGAUAUCAAUUCUUUUGCCGAGGUUUCUUUCCAAAUUGGAAUGGAGAAGUUCUCUGCCAAGAAAACAGCAAUAUUAAAGUUGUUCCACGCAAUGAUAGGCCAUAACUUAUAAGAUCAACUAAGUGCAAAAGAGAAACUUGGAUACCGUGUUGAUAGCGGUGUUGAUUUUAGGUAUGGAAUCAACCGAUUCGUAAUCAACAUUACUUCUUCAGUGUACGACCCUGCAUAUUUGCUAAGUCGUAUACACAAUUAUGUAGAGACUCUUGAAGUAUCUCUGAAAGAGGUUAAUGAAGAUACCUUUAAAGGCCACAUAGAUUUCUUGGCUCAGACAUUCCCAAGUCAAGAUGGGGAAGAUCUGUGGGAUCAGAUUACUGAGAAAAGAUUCUGCCAAGGCUUCAAUAAGAAUGUAGUCUCUGAAUUAAAAAAGAUAAGAAAGAAAGAUGUUGUCUGCUUUGUCAAAAAGUACUUGAUAGCAUCGAGUCACCACCACCGUAAACUUGAGGUAUGUAUUUGGGGGGUGCAACACUCCCUGCCCCCUUUGACAUCUUCUGUAUGAAGUGUUUGCUUAAAGAAAUCUCAGCCGUGGAAGCCAAGGGAAAGUGAAGGUCGUGACCAGCUCAAGUCAUCAAUCGAGAAGAUAUAGCCAGCUCUAGCUAAUCUAGAUACGAAGGUUUUGCAAACCAAUAUUAGAACUUUUUCAAAGUCUCGUGAAGACUUUCUUAAGUCUUGUGAACUCUUUCUUACUUCUUGUGAACUCUUUUCUUACGUCUUGUGAACUUUAUGAAGUCUGGUGAACUCU